AUGCAGCUGGAUAAUGUUACCAAUGCUGGCAUCCACUCCUUCCAGGGGCACCGUGGAGUUGCCAACAAGCCCAAUGUGAUCCUGCAGAUAGGGAAAUGCAGGGCAGAGAUGUUGGAGCAUGUCAGGAGGACCCACCGGCACCUCCUGUCUGAGGUCUCCAAGCAGGUGGAGCGCGAGCUGAAAGGCUUGCAGAAAUCAGUGGGGAAGUUAGAAAAUAACCUAGAAGACCAUGUCCCAACUGACAACCAAAGAUGGAAAAAGUCCAUCAAGGCCUGUCUGGCCAGGUGUCAGGAGACCAUUGCCCACCUGGAGAGGUGGGUCAAGAGAGAGAUGAAUGUUUGGAAGGAAGUAUUUUUCCGUCUGGAGAAAUGGGCGGACCGUCUGGAGUCCAUGGGAGGCAAAUAUUGCCCUGGGGACCAUGGCAAGCAGACUGUGUCCGUGGGGGUAGGCGGCCCAGAGAUAAGGCCAAGUGAGGGGGAGAUUUAUGACUAUGCUCUUGACAUGAGCCAGAUGUAUGCACUGACCCCUCCUCCUGGGGAGGUACCCAGCAUCCCCCAGGGCCAUGAUUCCUACCAGUGGGUCUCUGUAUCAGAGGAUGCUCCAGCCUCCCCAGUGGAGACACAGAUCUUUGAGGAUCCCAGGGAGUUUUUGAGCCACUUGGAGGAAUACUUGAAGCAGGUGGGUGGAACAGAGGAGUAUUGGCUCUCUCAGAUCCAAAACCAUAUGAAUGGCCCAGCUAAAAAGUGGUGGGAAUACAAGCAGGACUCUGUGAAGAACUGGGUUGAGUUCAAGAAGGAGUUCCUGCAGUACAGUGAGGGGACUCUGACUAGGGAUGCCAUCAAAAGGGAGCUGGAUUUACCCCAGAAAGAGGGGGAGCCCCUCGACCAGUUCCUCUGGCGCAAGAGAGACCUGUACCAGACCCUCUAUGUUGAUGCAGAUGAGGAGGAGAUUAUCCAGUAUGUGGUAGGCACUCUCCAGCCCAAAUUGAAGCGCUUCCUGAGUUACCCCUUGCCCAAGACUUUAGAACAGCUGAUCCAAAGAGGGAAGGAAGUUCAAGGCAACAUGGACCACUCCGAUGAGCCCAGCCCGCAGAGGACCCCUGAGAUUCAGUCUGGGGACUCUGUGGAGAGCUUGCCACCCUCCACCACAGCCAGUCCCGUGCCCAGCAACGGGACACAACCCGAGCCCCCUAGCCCACCAGCUACUGUGAUAUGAGCUAGUCCAACUGAGGCUGCAGUCUGUGUUAUAUGAAAGGGAGAAAGGGGUAUAUUUAGGAAGCUUCUCCUCGAAUUCUGGCUGUGGGGAGACAUGAGGUGUGCUCAGUCCAACAGCCCACAGCAAAGGAAUUAACUUUGCUUGCGGGGGGAGGGAGGCAAAGGGGAAGAGGCACCUUAGGAUGUGGUUGCCCACCCACCUGAGCCAUGCAGUAUGGUGGUGCUGAGGAUACUGCUUGCACCACUGUGGGGGACGGACAAUUUUAUGAGACCCCUGAAAAGAAACCAGAGACAAUUCCCAACUUCAGAGACAGCCGCUUGGCGCUGGCGGCUUUCAAGGACUUCAUACAAGUGCAGCUAUUGGCUGAGGGUUCCGACACAUCUGGAUAUCUCCUUCUCCUU